AUGAUUCAUCUAUAUUUCUCAAGCCUUUUGGUUUUUACCAUCGCUAGCCUAGCAAAACUCUCCUUCGCUUCACCAGCGGGUGGACAAUUCGAUUUGCAUAAACGAGUAGUACCAGAAUUCUGUAGUUCUGGCGGUCUUUCUCGACUCGCUUCUCGCCUGUCGGCCAAUUCAGCUACCCCCUUCUGUAACGAAUACCUUGGUAUUGAGACUGCUACAGUUUCUCAGACUGAAACUUCGCAAACCUACACAAUUGCUACUACUACAAUCGAUGUUUUCAUAUCAACAACCGAAACGGUUUUCACAGAAACUAUUGCCUUCACAGUCACAACUACAGAUGCUACUAGGCCGACUACGGUUGCAACAUUGACAUCAGUUGCAACUUUAGUCUCUACUAUUACGACAUAUCCCGCAACUGUGACUAUCAUCACGUCGACCUGGUAUACUAGUAGUACGGUCAAAAAACGAGGGAUUCCUGUGAUUGAGACAACCGUAUCGGUACCGGCUUACCUCGCGGGCUUUGCACCUCCUGCUAUAUCAAGCGGCUGCUCUUGUCUUGAUAUUCCAACACCAGUUACCAGUGUAACAGAGACCACUUAUGUGCCAAGCACUAUUAGUACGGUGGUAAUCAGAACGAUUACGAAUACGAUAAACGCUACUCUUACUGUGCCGACUACUACGACACUUGAAGUAACGUCUUAUGUCCCGGCAACGUUGAUCACUGCGGCCACAUCCCUUUCGAUUCAAACUGUAACGGCUACUACAACCAUCACUUUAACACGCUCGACUGCAUAUCGCCCACAAUGUACCGGGAUUCUUGAGGGACGAAAGCUUUUCAACGGCGUCCAACCUCUAAGGCAAUAUACCUACCCUUUCUCAACUACGCCGAUUCAGAAUAGCCUUGGUGGUGAAGAUACCUUCAGCCAAUGUUGUGAGCAGUGCUAUGCGGUGCCAGACUGCGCUCAAUUCUACGCAUACGCAGCAACUCUUUCUAGUUGGAGGUGUCAGAUUAUUUUCAGCACUACUUCCGUUAGCACUGGAAUUAGCCCGCUUUGCCCAAAGGGCGUUGUCGUUGGCGAAGGCGUGAGUGGUAGAACGGGAAUUUUUACACCUGGGUUGUCAAGAGGCAUAGGACCAUGUUACGGUUAUGCAGAUGUUCCAAUUUAG